CAUGUGAGACUUUAAGAAAUUGCGUUUCAGCACAUAGGGGGUGUUGCCACAAAGUAGCCAUAUUGAAUGAAUUGAGCCGGUCCACUGUCAACCAUAGCUGUCAACCCCACCAGGUCCCGAUGAAGACAGCUCCUCGUAAAUUCUACUCCCCACACGUCUCUUCUUCACGAUGGCCGCCACGGACAUAGACAUUUUCGCUAGAGUAAGUAGUCUAGAGAUUUGCCGCGUUUCACACAAAUCGUGAAUAAACAGCCUAGUGCAUCAUGCAUAGCCUACGUUGCAGUGUGCCUACUAGUAUAUUUUGGUAUACAGUAGUAGCUGAUUAGGCGGAUAUCACCGGGAGAGCAGUGAUUUCCUUACCGUAGACGACAUAGCCGUUGGAGAACGGUAGCCUACUCUUGACGCAUAAUUAUGUCGACCCUGUCCUAGGUUGUUUAUAAAAUGUUAAUUGAUGCUACGUAUGCAAUUGACGCAUUUUAGACGUUGCACUCUGAUAUUGCUGUACAAUUUUUUAAAAUCCAAAUCUCGACACCUCGCUGUGCUGUCACUCAGAGAGCCACUCAAUGCUACAUUGUAUCAAUUGGGUCCACAGAUGUAUCAUUUGCCACUGUCAGUGAAACAUUGUAACAGUUUUAGAAUGUGUUUAUUGUAGCCAUGCAGGCUUUGCAUGUUUGUGGAGAGAAGAGGGUUGAUACAUUGUAACUACAUCACUACAAUGAAAGGAGGGAGAGUUACACUUUCAGUGCAACCCUAGCUAAGAGGCUAGUUAGUUUGUUAUUGUGAAUUGAAGCUAACCUGCGGAUAACAGGAUAAGUAGAUCAGUAGUCAGCCACUUAUCUCUCCAUGAGGGAACUGAACUAAUCCUCAGUUCAACACUAUAGACACACACACACACACACACACACACACACACACACACACACACACACACACACACACACACACACACACACACACACACACACACACAUACAUACAUACAUACAUACAUACAUACAUACAUACAUACACAUACACACACACAUACAUACACAUACACACACACAUACAUACACACACAUAUACACACACAAUGAGGACUUGUGUGUCUGUCAACAUAUGACAUCCUUCAAUGUUUGUUCGUAACGGCAGCCUACUGAAUUGGUAUUGAUCCCCAGGCCAGAGGGGUCAUGAUUUAAGGUUUGAAUACAGGCUACUUAUCUUCAUAUUCAAGCUACUUAUUUUCACUCAUUCUGAGCACAUAGUUAUUGAGUUUAGUGAUUCAGUUCAUCUCUGUAGUUCAGUUUGCACCACACACACACUACGGUACAUGGAUGUGAAGCGGAUGACAGAUUGUGUUUGUUAAGGGUGUGAAAUAACAGCUACACAGGGGGAUCUUUGUGCCUGUGUGUGUGGGUGUGUGUGUCUGUAGAGCACUGGGCCAGUGGUACAGAUGGUUGUUGUGUUGAGCUCAUCCUUGGCCUCAUCGCUAGCCCUCUGUAAUGUGAAUAACAACAUGCUGUGUUUCUGAAGACGGUCCAGGCUCUCUCCCAAAUUUUACCCUAUUCCCUAUAUAGUGCACUACUUUUGACCAGGACCCAUAGAGCUCUUGUCAGAAGUGGUGCACUACAUAGGGAAUAGGGUGCCAUUUGGGACAGACCCUCUGAAGACAGCCCAGGUUUAGAACCUGGCUAUGGGAAAAUUGAUUAAAUAUAACCUAGAAUUAGUCAGGCCUUCAUCCUGGAUUAAAUAUAACCUACCAUUAGAAUCAGGCCUUCAUCCUGGGUUAAAUAUAACCUACAAUUAGAAUCAGGCCUUCAUCCUGGGUUAAAUAUAACCUACCAUUAGAAUCAGGCCUUCAUCCUGGGUUAAAUAUAACCUACCAUUAGAAUUAGGCCUUCAUCUUGGGGUAAUUGUAACCUAGCAUUAGAAUUAGGCCUUCAUCUUGGGGUAAUUGUAACCUAGCAUUAGAGGCAGGCCUACAGACACAAUUGUAGAGUAUCCAUCUAGUACUAAAAGGCAAGCACAUUGGAAAAUAAAGUAAUUAUAUUGUAUUAAAAGGAAAACCAAUCCCACGUGUCUCUGCGUAUUAAACAUCACACGCACACAAACAGUAUGAAAUGAGAAACAGAAUGAUUUGAAACCUCCUGAUAUUCCUCCCUGUUUUGACAUGCAUGGGAGUGCUUUCUGACCUUGCAUCUCACCGGCAUGUCUUUGCCCGGGGGUUUUAGUCAGAGAGACCCUUUACAGGUCAGGUAUUCCGUGAUUUAGUAGUGGAGGAGGAGGACAUCAUUCACUAAAUGCUAUUUUAACUGGGGAGGAGUAUGUGGGCUUGAGUAUAAGGAAUGUUUAUCACUCUUCUGUGAUAAUGUUUUAAAUGUUAGCAUAUUUUUUGUUACACAUUUAUAACAUGUGAUUUUCUCUCCUCAGAAUGAAGAGGAGCGGAGCCUGGAGCUGGGCGGCCAUGUUGGGUUUGACAGUCUUCCAGACCAGUUGGUCAGUAAAUCGGUCACACAGGGAUUCUGCUUCAACAUCCUAUGUGUCGGUACGUAACGUCUGAGUCCAGCAUUACCUCCAGCCCGCAAGAUCUUAACGCGUCUCAGUUCUCACUACAGAUACAACUCCAGCCUGAGUGCCGGAACAUUCCGGUACCCAGGCUAAAACAUCUUCAGCCACACUGCAUUUUUAUUUUCUCACAUCUUUUUAAAAUGUUCAUCUUAUUUUCUACUUUUCUUUCUCUCUCUCUUAAUCUCAGGUGAGACAGGGAUAGGUAAGUCGACGUUGAUGAACACGCUGUUCAACACACUGUUUGAGGCCGAGGAGGCCAGCCACUACCAGAACGGUGUGUACCUGCGGCCCAGGACCUAUGACCUGAAGGAGAGCAACGUUCAGCUCAAACUGACCGUAGUCGACACCGUGGGGUUCGGAGACCAGGUCAACAAGGAGGAGAGGUGAUAGUACAGGAACAGCUGGGCGCUUGUUAGUGAGUUGGAUAGGAGGUGGUUUGGUGAACCACACUCACGUAAUGAGUAACCUUGCCUGACAUCUGGUUAAGAUGUUUAGCUCAUGGAUUUGUGUAGGUACUGUAGGGAGAGGGAUAGCAUCAGGACUGUUCAGGAUAUUAUAAUAGACGAUCGAUAAUAGACAGUACUGUGCAGCCGUCUUCAUCGACCUGGCCAAGGCUUUCGACUCUGUCAACCACCGCAUUCUUAUUGGCAGACUAAAUAGCCUUGGUUUCUCAAAUGACUGCUUCGCCUGGUUCACCAACUACUUCUCAGAUAGAGUUCAAUGUGUCAAAUCGGAGGGCCUGUUGUCUGGACCUAUGGCAGUCUCUAUGGGGGUGCCACAGGGUUCAAUUCUUGGGCCGGCUCUUUUCUCCGUGUAUAUCAAUGAUGUCGCUCUUGCUGCUGGUGACUCUCAGAUCCACCUCUACGCAGACGACACCAUUUUGUAUACAUCUGGCCCUUCAUUGGACACUGUGUUAACAAACCUCCAAACGAGCUUCAAUGCCAUACAACACUCCUUCCGUAGCCUCCAACUCCUCUUAAACACUAGUGAAACUAAAUGCAUGCUCUUCAACUGAACGCUGCUUGCACCCGCCCACCCGACUAGAAUCACUACUCUCGACGGGUCUGACCUAGAGUAUGUGGACAACUACAAAUAUCUAGGUGUCUGGUUAGACUGUAAACUCUCCUUCCAGACUCACAUUAAGCAUCUCCAAUCCAAAGUGAUAUCUAGAAUCGGCUUCCUAUUUCGCAACAAAGCCUCCUUCACUCAUGCUGCCAAACAUGCCCUCGUAAAACGGACUAUCCUACCGAUCCUUGACCUUGGCGAUGUAAUUUACAAAAUAGCCUCCAACACUCUACUCAGCAAAUUGGAUGUAGUCUAUCACAGUGCCAUCCGUUUUGUCUCCAAAGCCCCAUACACUACCCACCACUGUGACCUGUACGCUCUUGUUGGCUGGUCCUCACUACAUAUUCGUCGCCAAACCCACUGGCUCCAGGCCAUCUAUAAAUCACUGCUAGGCAAGUCUCUGCCUUAUCUUAGCUCAUUGGUCACCAUAGCAACACCCACCUGUAGUAUGCGCUCCAGCAGGUAUAUCUCACUGGUCAUCCCCAAAGCCAACACCUCCUUUGGCCGCCAUUCCUUCCAGUUCUCUGCUACCAAUGACUGGAACGAACUGCAAAAAUCUCUGAAGCUGGAGACUCUUAUCUCCCUCACUAACUUUAAGCAUCAGUUGUCAGAGCACCUUACUGAUCACUGCACCUGUACACAGCCCUUCUGAAAUUAGCCCACCCAACUACCUCAUCCCCAUAUUGUUAUUUAUUUUGCUCAUUUGCACCCCAGUAUCUCUAUUUGCACAUCAUCUCUUGCACAUCUAUCAUUCCAGUGUUAAUACUAAUUGUAAUUAUUUUGCACUAUGGCCUAUUUAUUGCCUUACCUCCAUAACUUGCUACAUUUGCACACACUGUAUAUAUAUUUUCUGUUGUAUUUUUGACUUUAUGUUUUGUUUUACCCCAUAUGUAACUCUGUGUUGUUGUUUUUAUCGCACUGCUUUGCUUUAUCUUGGCCAGGUCGCAGUUGUAAAUGAGAACUUGUUCUCAACUGGCUUCCCUGAUUAAAUAAAGGUAAAAUAAAUAACAAAAUAAAAAAGGUAAGGGUUCAGGAUAGGAUUCAGGUUGAGGUUGAGGUUCAGGUUAGGGUUCAGGUUGAGGUUAGGGUUCAGGUUAGGGUUCAGGUUCAGGUUAGGGUUGAGGUUGAGGUUGAGGUUCAGGUUAGGGUUCAGGUUAGGGUUCAGGUUGAGGUUCAGGUUAGGGUUCAGGUUGAGGUUCAGGUUAGGGUUCAGGUUGAGGUUCAGGUUAGGUUUCAGGUUGAGGUUCAAGUUGGGGUUCAGGCUAGGGUUCAGGUUGAGGUUCAGGUUGAGGUUGAGGUUAGGGUUCAGGUUCAGGUUCAGGUUGAGGUUCAGGUUGAGGGUUCAGGUUAGGGUUCAGGUUCAGGUUGAGGUUCAGGUUGAGGUUCAGGUUGGGGUUCAGGUUAGGGUUCAGGUUAGGGUUCAGGUUAGGGUUCAGGUUGGGGUUAGUCAUAAAAUAGCACUUCUUCUUGGAUGGUUUCUAGAUACUGUACCUACUUUCAGUCAGUCGUUAAAGGGGGGAAGUGAUUAAGACAGGCUGUAGCUUUAAGAAGACCAACAUUGGACAUUCAGCAUUCCUCCUCAGGCCCUCUCAAGUAGUGGCACUCCAGCCGAACACACAUACAGUGUAAAGGAUUGGCAUAACUUAAGGCUUUGGGUCUUUGUGCAGCCAUGAAUAGGAAGGGAAGAGAAGGGUGAGGAUGAUUGGAUGAACUAAUGCAAUCUGAAAAGGAACUGGAAUAGUCUAACAACAGGGGAGUGGGAAAGUGAAUUUUUGGGAUGUUAUUAUCGCGGCGGUUUGUAACCCAAAUACUCUACUUUUUGUUUCUGGAAUAGCAGGGAAAACUCUCUAGGGUAUUUAUUUUCUGGUGAAAAUGCUUGUAAGGAGGUUGAGAGUAAAUACUAAGUUUCCAGGCCCUGCGUUGUUUUAUCCCUUUUUUCAGGGAUGUGAUUGUUCCCGAUUAAUCAGGAAUUCCUGCAUUUCUGACAUUCUCCAUUCACGUGUAAUUGAAACUGACCUAUUCCCCAAAGCACAAAUCCUGAUCACAUCCAUGUUGGUCUCCCUGUGCGCUGCAGCUUCAAACCCAUAGUGGACUACAUCGACACCCAGUUUGAGACCUACCUGCAGGAGGAGAUGAAGAUCAAACGUUCCCUGUUCAACCACCACGACACCAGGAUCCAUAUCUGUCUCUACUUCAUCGCCCCCACUGGACACUCCCUGAAAUCACUGGAUCUGGUCACCAUGAAGAAACUGGACAGCAAGGUAACGUUUGAAAUACACUAUAUAUACAAAAGUAUAUGGACACCCCUUCAAAUUAGUUGAUUCGGCAAUUACAGCCACACCCGUUGCUGACAGGUGUAUAAAAUCUAGCACACAGCCAUGCAAUCUCCAUAGACAAAUGUUGGCAGCAGAAUGGUCUUAGUGAAGAGCUCAGUGACUUUCAACGUGGCACCGUCAUAGGAUAUCACCUUUCUGAAAAGUCAGUUGCCCUGCUAGAGCUGCCCCGGUCAACUGUAAGUGCUGUUAUUGUGACGUGGAAAUAUCUAGGAGCAACAACGGCUAAGCCGCGAAGUGGUAGGCCACACAAGCUCACAGAACGGGACCGCCGAGUGUUGCAACACCUCUGGAAGCAACGUCAGCACAAUAACUGUUUGUCGGGAGCUUCAUGAAAUGGGUUUCCAUGGCCGAGCAGCCGCACAAAAGCCUAAGAUCACCAUGCACAAUGCCAAGCGUUGGCUGGAGUGGUGUAAAGCUCGCCACCAUUGGCCUCUGGAGCAGUGGAAAUGCGUUCUCUGGAGUGAUGAAUCAUGCUUCACCAUCUGGCAGUCCGACGGACGAAUCUGGGUUUGGCGGCUGCCAGGAGAAUGCUACCUGCCAGAAUGCAUAGGGCUAACUGUAAUGGAGGAAUAAUGGUCUGGGGCUGUUUUUCAUGGUUCAGGCUAGGCCCCUUAGUUCCAGUGAAGGGAAAUCUUAACGCUACAGCAUACAAUGACAUUCUAGAUUCUGUGCUUCCAACUUUGUGGCAACAGUUUGGGGAAGGCCCUUUCCUGUUUCUGCAUGACAAUGCCCCCGUGCACAGAACGAGGUCCAUACAGAAAUGGUUUGUCGAGAAAUGCACAGAGCCCUGACCUCAACCCCAUCGAACACCUUUGGGAUUAAUUGGAACGACUGCAAGCUAGUUCUAAUUGCCCAACAUCAGUGCCCGACCUCACUAAUGCUCUUGUGGUUGAAUGGAUGCAAGUCCCUGCAGCAAUGUUCCAACAGCUAAUGGAAAGCCUUCCCAGAAGUGUGGAGGCUGUUUUAGCAGCAAAGUGGGGACCAACUCCAUAUUAAUGCCCAUUUUGGAAUGAGAUGUUUGAUGAGCAGGUGUCCACAUACAUUUGGUCACGUAGAGCACAUAUAUGCUUGUAUUAGGAGCUGCUCUUACACUGUUGCAAGAAAACAUUUUUGGACAUUGGUGUGUUAGCAUCUGAAGCAUUGGACAUCAUAGAGUUGAACAGCUGCACAACUCAAAUGAAGGGCUCUGUAGAACUGAAGGAUACUGCCAAGUGUUCAAGUUUUAGGCACAACCAGUUAUGUUUUUAUCUGAAAGUAGAGCUGCAUUGCAUUUUGAUGCUUGCGUUUGUGUCAUUCCAAAGUCAAUUAAAAGCGCAGUAGACCUGAUGAUUCAAAACGCUAUUCCAAUGGUAAUGCUGCUCCUCCAUGUACUGCAGGUGAACAUCAUCCCCAUCAUUGCGAAGGCAGACACGAUAUCUAAGAGCGAGCUGCACAAGUUCAAGAUCAAGAUCAUGUCAGAGCUGGUGAGCAACGGUGUUCAGAUCCACCAGUUCCCUACCGAGGACGAGGCUGUCACAGAGAUCAACUCCUCUAUGAAUGUGAGUCAGACGCACACACACAAUUAUACACACAAACAUGGACAAACACGCACACACACACACACACACACACACUUUUGCAGUUGUGUAUGCCAGGCAGCUGUACACUCUAAUCAGAUUGCUUGCGUUCCUGAUUUACUGCGUCAGCCGAGGAGCCGAUUGAUUGAUUGAUUGAUUGAUUGAUUAAAACAGUCUCUUCCUCUUCCUCUAUGCCUUCAAUAAAACGUCAGUUUAUUUGCUGUGGACUUGUGUUUUCAAAUAACAAGCCAUUGUUAUAUUAUAAGGGGGUCAUAAAUGCUCAUGACAGUCUUAUCAUGCAUUAUAACUGCAUCAUAAUGCAUUAUUCAGUAUCUGCAGGCUUUAGUAAAGUGUUACUAAAUGUUCCCAUAUUAAAUUAAAUCCUUUGUUCCAGGCCCAUCUGCCCUUUGCUGUGGUGGGGAGUGUUGAGGAGGUUAAAGUGGGUAAUAAGAUGGUGAAAGCGAGACUGUACCCCUGGGGAACCGUACAGGGUAGGUAUCCCUCUAUUGAUCCUGUACCUCUGGGGACCCGUACAGGGUAGGUAUCCCUCUAUUGAUCCUGUACCCCUGGGGACCCGUACAGGGUAGGUAUCCCUCUAUUGAUCCUGUACCCCUGGGGAACCGUACAGGGUAGGUAUCCCUCUAUUGAUCCUGUACAUUGAUUAUACAUUUAUAGAAAGUGGACAACAAAUAAGAAUGCCCAGUAAUCAAUAAAAUAAAAGUCCCUUUUCUAUACUACUGAUGCAAGCAGAGCAAGACCUCACAAUCAAUAGGCCUAGGAUAGAAAAGUGAAUACAUAUCAUUCAUGAAUCGAUAUUACGCAAUCACUAGAGACCCAUAUCAUUAAUGAAUCGAUAUUACGCAAUCACUAGAGACCCAUAUCAUUAAUGAAUCGAUAUUACGCAAUCACUGGAGACCCAUAUCAUUAAUGAAUCGAUAUUACGCAAUCACUGGAGACCCAUAUCAUUAAUGAUUCAAUAUUACGCAAUCACUAGAGACCCAUAUCAUUAAUGAUUCAAUAUUACGCAAUCACUAGAGACCCAUAUCAUUAAUGAAUCAAUAUUACGCAAUCACUAGAGACCCAUAUCAUUCAUGAAUCGAUAUUACGCAAUCACUAGAGACCCAUAUCAUUCAUGAAUCGAUAUUGUGCAAUCACUAGAGACCCAUAUCAUUAAUUAAUCGGUAUUGCGCAAUCACUAGAGACCCAUAUCAUUCAUGAAUCGAUAUUACGCAAUCACUAGAGACCCAUAUCAUUCAUGAAUCGAUAUUGUGCAAUCACUAGAGACCCAUAUCAUUAAUUAAUCGGUAUUGCGCAAUCACUAGAGACCCACAUCAUUAAUGAAUCGGUAUUGCGCAAUCACUAGAGACCCAUAUCAUUAAUGAAUCGGUAUUGCGCAAUCACUAGAGACCCAUAUCAUUAAUGAAUCGAUAUUGCGCAAUCAGUAGAGACCCAUAUCAUUCAUGAAUCGAUAUUGCGCAAUCACUAGAGACCCAUAUCAUUAAUGAAUCGAUAUUGCGCAAUCACUAGAGACCCAUAUCAUUAAUUAAUCGGUAUUGCGCAAUCACUAGAGACCCAUAUCAUAGAGGGACCAUAUCAUUAUGAUCAUAUACGCAAUCACUGAGACCAAUAUAUGACGCAAUACAAUAGAAUCCUCGACCCAUAUCAUAUUAAUUGAAUCGAUAUAUACGCAAUCAUCGAGACCCAUAUCAUUAAUGAAUCUAUAUACGCAAUCACUAGAGACCCAUAUCAUUAAUGAAUCGAGUAUUAGCAAUCACUAGAGACCCAUAUCAUUAAUUAAUGAAUUACGCAUCAUCGGACCCAUUCAUUAUAAUCUAUAUACGCAAUCACUAGAGACCCAUAUCAUUAAAUUAAUCGAUAUUCGCAAUCACUGGAGACCCAUAUCUUAAAUUAAUCAUAUUGCCGCAAUUCACUGGAGACCCCAUAUCAUUAAUGGAUCAUAUAAGCAAUCAAUCUAGAGCCCCAAUCAUUAAUGAAUUAUAGUACGCAAGAACUAGGAGACCCAUUCAUUCAUUGAAUCGAUAUUACGCAAUCACUAGGGACCCAUAUCAUUAAUGAAUAGGAAUAUUAACGCCCCCAAUCACUAGAGACCCAUAUCAUUAAUGAAUCGAUAUUACGCCAAUCACUAGAGACCCAAUAUCAUUAAUGAAUCGAUAUUACGCAAUCACUGGAGACCCAUAUCAUUAAUUAAUCUAUAUUACGCAAUUCACUAGAGCCCCAUAUAAAUUAAUUAAUCGAUAUUACGCAAUCACUAUAGACCCAUAUCAUUCAAUGAAAUCGAUAUUACACAAUCACUAGCGGACCCAUAUCAUUUAAUGAAUCGAAUAUUACGCAAUCACUAGGAGACCCCAUAUUCAUUAAUUGAAUCGUUAUUACGCAAUCACUAGAGAACCCCAUAUCAUUAAUGAAUCGAUAUUACGCAAUCACUAGAGACCCAUAUCAUUAAUGAAUCGAUAUUACGCAAUCACUAGAGACCCAUAUCAUUAAUGAAUCGAUAUUACACAAUCACUAGAGACCCAUAUCAUUAAUGCCAAUAUAUUUUUUAAAUACUUUAACUGUUAUUUUCUCAAAUGCGUAUUGUUGCUAACUUGCUAUCGAAUGACCAGUCCCUUUCAAACUAUAAUGUAAUUAUCACUAUAUUAAACCAACCAUAUAAUCCAAUCCUGCUGUGUUGUGUUGUACAGUGGAGAACGAGAGCCACUGUGACUUUGUGAAGCUGAGAGAGAUGUUGCUGAGAGUGAACAUGGAAGACCUGAGAGAGCAGACUCACGCCAGACACUACGAGCUCUACAGACGCUGCAAACUGGAGGAGAUGGGCUUCACAGAUACAAACCCUGACAGCAAACCCUUUAGGUGAGACCAGCUCUUGUUCAAAGUUACAUAGCGGGCAGGUUGUCUACCUUUUUGGGGCUGAAGGUUUGUCAUCAAAUAUGCACAAUAUAAACUGAAAUUAGACUAGAGUUAGGAGCCAAAGUUAGCAUCAGAACACAUAGUACUCACUGGCCCCUGUAGAUCAUCUACUGUAAGGAGCAAAAGCCCAUGGAAAUCUCACAGCAGUCAGAGACCUAAUACACAUACUAUAAUCAAAUUUAGAAUGCAUCCCAAAUGGCACCCUAUUCCCUACAUAGUGCACUACCAUAUGCCUGUUUAACUGUAACAGUACCUUCUCUUCCCUCACCAAUCAGUUUGCAGGAGACGUAUGAGACCAAGAGGAAAGAGCUCCUGGGGGAUCUGCAGCAGAAUGAGGAGGAGAUGAGACAGAUGUUUGUCAACAAGGUGAAGGAGACCGAGGCAGAGCUGAAAGAAAAGGAGAGGGAGGUAAUCAUUCAUGGGUGCUUCUGGGAGUUGUUUUGUUUAGAUUAUGAUACUGUUCUGCUCCCUUUCAUACUUGAACUGAUAUUCAUCAUGUGACCAUGUGUAUACAGACAUAACGUAACAGGGCAUUUUAGGAGCAUUAACAGUUUGGACCCUUUUUACUUUAGUUUGAACUGUUUGCUCAGUGCAGCACUCCGAGACAUUUCGGUGGAUGUUCUGCUGGCUAUAUUAUUAGACUUUAAAGCACAAAGUGACUACGUUACCAACCUGUCUCCCCCCGUCCUCUCCAGCUCCAUGAGAGGUUUGAGCAGCUGAAGAGGAUGCACCAGGAGGAGAAGAGGAAUCUGGAGGAGAAGAGGAGAGAUCUGGAGGAGGAGAUGAACACCUUCAACAGGAGGAAGGUGGCAGCUGAGACGCUGAUGGGUCAGUCUCUACAGGAAUCCUCACAACCAUUCAAAAAGGACAAGAAGAAGUAAGUAUUUUCUUUCUCUCCCUCUGUCUCUCUCUCUGUCAUUGUCGGCAAUAGUAGAGAGAAGAAGAGAGAUGAUCUAGAGCAUAGCAGUUAGGACGAAUAUAUGAGAGGAGAGAGAAGAAGAAGAGAGAGAGAGAGAAGGAGAUGAGAGAACGGAGGGGAGAGAGAGGAAGACUGAGAGAGCGAGUAGAGAGGAGGAGAGAGCUCUCUCUCUAUAUAUAUAUAUAUAUAUCUCCUAUCUCUAUCUAUCUCUCUCUCUUCUCUCUCUCUCUCUCUGUCUCUCUCUCUCUCUCUCUCUCUCGCUCUGUCUCUCUCUCUCUCUCUCUCUCUAUCUCUAUCUCUCUCUGUCUCUCUCUCUCUCUCUCUCUCUCUCUCGCUCUGUCUCUCUCUCUCUACACGUCAAAUCAAAUGUUAUUUGUCACAUACACAUGUUUAGGAGAUGUUAUUGGAGGUGUAGCGAAAUGCUUGUGUUCCUAGCUCCAACAGUGCAGUAGUAUCUAACAAUUCACAACAAUACACACAAUCUAAAAGUAAAAGAAUGGAAUUAAGGAAUAUAUAAAUAUUAGAAAUAUUAGUAUGAGCAAUGUCGGAGUGGCAUAGACUAGAAUACAGUAGAAUAGAAUACAGUAUAUACAUAUGAGAUGAGUAAAGCAGUAUGUAAACAUUAUUAGCGUGACUAGUGUUCCAUUAUUAAAGUGGCCAGUUAUUUAAAGUCUAUGUAUAUGGGGCAGCAGCCUCUAAGGUGCAGGGUUACGUAACUGGGUGGAAGCCGGCUAGUGAUGGCUGUUUAACAGUCUGAUGUCCUUGAGAUAGAAGCUGUUUUUCAGUCUCUCGGUCCCAGCUUUGAUGCACCUGUACUGACCUCGCCUUCUGGAUGGUAGCAGGGUGAACAGGCAGUGGCUCGGGUGGUAGUUGUCCAUGAUUAUCUUUUUGGCCUUCCUGUGACAUCGGGUGCUGUAGGUGUCCUGAGGGGCCGGUAGUUUGCCCCCGGUGAUGCGUUGGGCAGACCGCGCCACCCUCUGGAGAACCCUGCGGUUGCGGGCGGUGCAGUUGCCGUACCAGGCGGUGAUACAGCCCCGACAGGAUUCUCUCAAUUGUGCAUCUUUAUAAGUUUGUGAGGGUUUUAGGUGCCAAGACACAUUUCUUCAGCCUCCUGAGGUUGAAGAGGCUCUGUUGCGCCUUCUUCACCACACUGUCUGUGUGGGUGGACCAUUUCAGAUCGUCAGUGAUGUGUACGCCGAGUAACUUGAAGCUUUCCACCUGCUCCACAGCAGUCCUGUCGAUGUGGAUAGGGGCAUGCUCCCUUUGCUGUUUCCUGAAGUCCACGAUCAGCUACUUUGUUUUGUCGACAUUGAGGGAGAGGUUAUUUUCCUGGCACCACACUCCCAGGGCCUUCACCUCCUCUCUGUAGCCUGUCUCGUCAUUGUUGGUAAUCAGGCCUACUACUGUUGUGUCGUCUGCAAACUGGAUGAUUGAGUUGGAGGCGUGCGUGGCCACGCAAUCAUGGGUGAACAGGGAGUACAGGAGGGGGCUGAGCACGCACCCUUGUGGGGCCCCAGUGUUGAGGAUCAGAGAAGUGGAGGUGUUGUUUCCUACCUUCACCACCUGGGGGGUGACCCGUCAGGAAGUUCAGGACCCAGUUGCACAGGGCGGGGUUCAGACCCAGGCACCCGAGCUUAAUGAUGAGCUUGGAGGGUACUAUUGUGUUGAAUGCUGAGCUAUAGUCAAUGAACAGCAUUCUGACAUAGGUAUUCCUCUUGUCCAGAUGGGAUAGGGCAGUGGGCAGUGCGAUGGCGAUUGCAUCGUCUGUGGAUCUAUUGGGACGGUAAGCAAAUUGAAGUGGGUCUGAGGGUGUCAGGUAAGGUAGAGGUGAUAUGAUCCUUAACUAGCCUCUCAAAGCACUUCAUGAUGACAGAGGUGAGUGCUACGGGGCGAUAGUCAUUUAGUUCAGUUACCUUUGCUUUCUUGGGUACAGUAACAAUGGUGGACAUCUUGAAGCAAGUGGGGACAGCAGACAGGGAUAGGGAGAGAUUGAAUAUGUCCGUAAACACUUCAGCCAGCUGGUCUGCGCAUGCUCUGAGGACGCGGCUAGGGAUGCCGUCUGGGCCGGCAGCGUUGCGAGGGUUUCGAUCUAGAUAACCAGUUUACUAUAGCCAAGCUUUUAACUGAUCAACACGCUAUAGUAGCAGACACUAGAGCCCUGAAGCUCUGGCCUAGUGAUCUGCUUGUCUCAAUGGGGUCGACACUCGCACAGUUGCAGUCAGGAAGUGACUAAUGAUAUAGCAUUACAGUGCCAGGAGACAUCUUGGCUUGGAAACUGUGAUACGGGGGACAGAUUGAGUCUGACAUUGUGUUCCCAGACAGUGGGGGAGGUCACAGUUUGUCCUGUCACCGCCUGAUGCUUGUGGUUCUGCGACACACACAUACAGACACAAUAACACACACCUCCACCAGACCGCUUGAUGCUUGUGUCUGCAUAGUGUGACCUGUCAGUUUACAUCUCAUCUAGGCUAGGCUGGGUCACUGGUGUUUAGCUACACACAAUAUGAAUUGAUAGGGUAAAACCAGUCUUUUCUCAUAGCCUCAGUGUAUGAUAACGUACAUAUAUUUUUAUUGAACCUUUAUUUAACUAGGCAAGUCAGUUAAGAACAAAUUCUUAUUUACAAUGACGGCCUACCCCGGCCAAACCCUCCCCUAACCCGGACGACGCUGGGCCAGUUGUGCGCCGCCCUAUGGGACUCCCGAUCACGGCCGGUUUGUGACACAGCCUGGAAUCGAACCAGGGUCUGUAGUGACGCCUCUAGCACUGAGAUGCAGUGCCUUAGACCACUGCGCCACUCGGGAGCCUAUGACUGGUGUUAUCAUAGAGGCUGUGGACUGUAUGUGUCAUUCACUGUUUGGGUGCUACCAGAGCCAUAUACUUGUCUGUGGGUGACGCUUAGAUGGUUCAGAGUUAGACAUCUUAGAUGGUCACCUAUUCAGUUCAGUGUUAGACAUCUUAGAUGGUCACCUAUUCAGUUCAGAGUUAGACAUCUUAGAUGGUAGCCUAUUCAGUUCAGAGUUAGACAUCUUAGAUGGUCACCUAUUCAGUUCAGAGUUAGACAUCUUAGAUGGUCACCUAUUCAGUUCAGAGUUAGACAUCUUAGAUGGUCACCUAUUCAGUUCAGAGUUAGACAUCUUAGAUGGUCACCUAUUCAGUUCAGAGUUAGACAUCUUAGAUGGUCACCUAUUCAGUUCAGAGUUAGACAUCUUAGAUGGUCACCUAUUCAGUUCAGAGUUAGACAUCUUAGAUGGUCACCUAUUCAGUUCAGAGUUAGACAUCUUAGAUGGUCACCUAUUCAGUUCAGAGUUAGACAUCUUAGAUGGUCACCUAUUCAGUUCAGAGUUAGACAUCUUAGAUGGUCACCUAUUCAGUUCAGAGUUAGACAUCUUGCAUAAAGAAGAAGCAGUGGUUACAUGCUUCUGUCUGUAUUUCUGUCCCAGUGUCAGUCUGUCUAUUGUAAUGGAAUAAUGGUCUCUCUCCUCAGAGAGAGACUUGUUGGGCAUUUAACUUCAUAGAGUCUCAAUGACAGGAAAUGUUAAGCAGCACACUGAUGAGGAGGUGAAAGUGUGAUGAAAUGUGAGGAAAUAGAAGGUUGACUAUUGACUAUGACUCUGCUGACGCCAUAGACUUAGCUGAUUCAGCAAGUUAAUGUGUAGGUUAUAGUGCCCUCUAUUGGACAGUUCCCACAUUUCACAUUAUAACCAGUUGAUUUUAUUCAUAGAGAGAAGGUCCCUAUGUUCUUUGUGGUAAAAUGGACGGAUCAUAAAACAGUUUUAUUCAGUAUGUAAAACUGAAACACCCAUAAUGUUGAAAUGAUUGGGAUCAUUGUUAACGCACCAUUCUCAACCUAGUAUUUAUUUUGUUUUGCAUACUAUUUGUUUCUUAUGAUUUCCAACUCAUCACAUUCUAUAUAUGUUUCUUUUACCAUAUUUUUGCCAUAUUUUCUUUCUUUCAGUUGAUUCAUGGCACCACAGCAACACCAAGGUAACCAGGAAUGUGUCUCUUCAUCACCAUGGGAACAAGGGACUAUUCUAUCUUCACUUUUAUCUUCAAGGACUAUUUCAUUCUCAAAUUGUGUGAAUGGACCCAAUGACACCUCUUUGACAAUACAUGUGAGAGAGCGAGCGAGAGCGAUGUGUGUGAUGAUGAGCUGGCUGUGAGCCGCUGUGUAUUCAAGGAUCAGAAAGUGACCGUACACAGUGGACUUUAUGGAUGCGUCCCAAAUGGCACCCUAUUCCCUACAGUAUACACGUCUUGUGGAGUCAGCAUGGAGUCAGCACUGCAGAUCAGCACUGGAGAGAAAGUCCGCGUCCCAAAUGACACCCUAUUCCCUAUAUAGUGCACUACUUUUGACCAGAGCCAAGUAGUGCACUAUAUAGGGAAUAGGGUGCCAUUUGGGCUGGUCCCUUUCUCUCCAGUGCUGACUCCACAAGAAGUGUGAAAACAAAACAAAACCUGUGGACUCUGUUAUGAUAACUUAGCGUAUGUUGUUUUACGUUCCUGGUGUGAAUGUGUCCAUCUACCAUCGGAAACGUACAUAGACAUUAAUACCAGGAAAUGUAACACAGCGGAAACAUGACUAGGACUAUUUUACUGUUGCUAGGAAGAAAAUAUGUACAGUUCUAGCCUGGUUUCCAAACUGCUUCUGAAACAGAGCAACAGCUUGGGUUCCAGGCUAAUAUAGUUUGCCCAUCAUUGCAUCAAAUAUUGACUGUGAACUGUGUGUGUGUGUUAAUUUGUAUGUGUGUAUUAAUAAAAAAAAUAAAAAAUUAAGUGAUAAUGCCCAAGAAGACAGUUUUUUAAGGAUAUAUUGGCACGGGUGUUGUUAGGCCCGAGACGAAGUCGACUUCGAGGGCAUUAUCACUUUUAUACAACGGGUUACCAACAUAUUCAAAUAAUGAUUUACAUAUUUUCAUUAAAAAUAUAUUUUGAUGAAUUUAUUCAUACUAUUUCAUCUUUCCACAAGAUAUAGUUGCUACCCAAUCCGGCUGACGUAAAGUAUUUUUGUUCUGUAUCUAUGGACGCGACACAGUCAUUCGUUCUAAAUGUUCCAUUGCCAUAUUGGAUGGCAACGUUCUUAUCCCUUGCUCGCUAGCUAGCCAACUACGGCUAAUUUACAGUCACGUAAAACAGUAUAGCCAGAAUAACAGCAAAGGAGCUGCAUUUGCGUUUGUUUAAGGUGUUUCCUAGUAGCAUUUAUUUGGAUCCAUCCAUAACAAUUAGCUAAUAAUGCGCGAUUUUGCCUGCCGUUGAAAAUGUGGUCUCUCGUCAGGACAGAGUUGUUCAGAGGAGCUAGCCAACAACACAGCUAACACAAUCACUAGCUGCAUUUCGUUUCGUCUUACCUGUUUUCUACUGACAUUUCUUUGUAUAUAUCCAUAAAAAUUAUGCCAGCUGAUUCAUGAUUUCCACUGGCUGAGAAAAGCUGUCUGCCUGUCUGUCUCGUCCCGACUCCCGACACGUUCAUUACUAUGGGACAGCUGGAGAUCGAAUUUCAAUAUUGAAACAAUGUUGCAAAUGUCGAAGAGACAGACAGCAAGGUUUAUACAAAUCUCUGCUGUUGAAAACCAAAUGCUAGUCUAAAGAAAUGGGAGAUAAUGUCUAGAUGGUUUUUAUAGUGGAGAUCAAGUUUAUAAAUUGCCUGGCUGGGCUGAUGAGACAGUGGAUUGUGCAGUGAGAUGGAACAGAGUAAAAAAGGCAUUUCAACGUCAUAGAUUUUGUCACGAUCGUCGAACAGAGAUGAGGACCAAGGCGCAGCGUUGCAGGCAAACAUACUCUUUAUUAGAGACACGAUCAAAAACACCAAAACGAAAACGUGACAGUUCACGGUCUAACACAACAGACUAGAAACAAGAUCCCACAAACUCUGUGGGGAAACAGGCUGCUAAAGUAUGGUUCUCAAUCAGAGACAACAAGCAACAGCUGAAUCACGUUGCCUCUGAUUGAGAACCACACUGGCCAACAUAGAACAACAAUACUAGAAUGUGAAACCUAGAACAAAACACAUAGACUUUACACACCCUGGCUCAACAUAUUAGAGUCCCCAGAGCCAGGGCGUGACAGUACCCCCCCCUAAAGGCGCGGACUCCGACCGCGCCCACCAAAUACCACAGGGGAGGGACCGGGUGGGCACUCCGCUUAGGCGGCGGAUCCGGCUCCGGGCCUGAACCCCGCUCCCUCUCCAACCCCCCAAAGUACCCCUGGUCCGGUCUGGCCCCGCUGGCCGGAGCUGGACUGCACACUGGUGGAGCGGAUUGCUCUAGCUCCGGCGUGAAGCAUCUGACCGGUGCCGGACCAGCCACCGGUGGAACAGGCACGGGCCGUGCCGGACUGACGACGCACACCACUGGCUUGGUGUGGGGAGCAGGAGCGGGCCGAGCCGGGCUGACGAAACGCACCACUGACUUGGUGCGGGGAGCAGGAGCGGGCCGGACCGGGCUGACGAAGCGCACCACUGACUUGGUGCGGGGAGCAGGAACGGGCCGAGCUGGGCUGACGAAACGCACCACUGACUUGGUGCGGGGAGCAGGAAUGGGCCGGACCGGGCUGACGACGCGCACCACUGACUUGGUGCGGGGAGCAGGAACGGGCCGGACAGGGCUGACGAAACGCACCACUGACUUGGUGCGGGGAGCAGGAACGGGCCGAGCUGGGCUGACGAAACGCACCACUGACUUGGUGCGGGGAGCAGGAAUGGGCCGGACCGGGCUGACGACGCGCACCACUGACUUGGUGCGGGGAGCAGGAACGGGCCGGACAGGGCUGACGAAACGCACCACUGACUUGGUGCGGGGAGCAGGAAUGGGCCGGACUGGGCUGGCGACGCGCACCAUAGACUUGGUGCGGGGAGCAGGAACAGGCCGGGCCGAGCUGGCGACGCGCACCGUAGACUUGGUGCGAGUGGCAGGAACAGGCCGGACCGUACUGGGAACACACACCACUGGCCCUACGUGGGGAUCAGGAACAGGCCGGACCGGACUGGCAACACACGCCAGUACCUCUCGCCGUGCCUCUACAUCCUCCUUCCCCCUGGUGACCAGUGACUCCCGUAACCUGGCGGCCUCCUGCUGCCCCGUCGUCCACGGCGUUAGCCCCCCCCUAAAAAAUUUAUGGGCUUCACUCCUACCCGUGGACCAGGUCUCCAUGCUUCUCGCCAGCCUUUCGCCCUUCUGCCUCCACGUCAAGCCCCUCUCUUCCUCACCCGGCUUGACCCAGUCGAGGAGGCGCUGGAUAUCCGCUAGGGAUUUCCCUGGCGAUGGCUCCUCGACCCGCUGCUUGGUCCAGUUCUGAUGGGAUCUUCUGUCACGAUCGUCGAACAGAGAUGAGGACCAAGGCGCAGCGUUGCAGGCAAACAUACUCUUUAUUAGAGACACGAUCAAAAACACCAAAACGAAAACGUGACAGUUCACGGUCUAACACAACAGACUAGAAACAAGAUCCCACAAACUCUGUGGGGAAACAGGCUGCUAAAGUAUGGUUCUCAAUCAGAGACAACAAGCAACAGCUGAAUCACGUUGCCUCUGAUUGAGAACCACACUGGCCAACAUAGAACAACAAUACUAGAAUGUGAAACCUAGAACAAAACACAUAGACUUUACACACCCUGGCUCAACAUAUUAGAGUCCCCAGAGCCAGGGCGUGACAGAUUUAGCCGGUGGUAACUUGUGAAAUAGACACCAGCUGGAAUGCGGUCCAGUAUGUUAUGAUGCUGUAGCUAGGUAGAGUCCAGUAUGUUAUGAUGCUGUAGUUAGGUAGAGUCCAGUAUGUUAUGAUGCUGUAGCUAGGUAGAGUCCAGUAUGUUAUGAUGCUGUAGCUAGGUAGAGUCCAGUAUGUUAUGAUGCUGUAGUUAGGUAGAGUCCAGUAUGUUAUGAUGCUGUAGCUAGGUAGAGUCCAGUAUGUUAUGAUGCUGUAGUUAGGUAGAGUCCAGUAUGUUAUGAUGCUGUAGCUAGGUAGAGUCCAGUAUGUUAUGAUGCUGUAGUUAGGUAGAGUCCAGUAUGUUAUGAUGCUGUAGUUAGGUAGAGUCCAGUAUGUUAUGAUGCUGUAGUUAGGUAGAGUCCAGUAUGUUAUGUUGCUGUAGUUAGGUAGAGUCCAGUAUGUUAUGAUGCUGUAGUUAGGUAGAGUCCAGUAUGUUAUGAUGCUGUAGCUAGGUAGAGUCCAGUAUGUUAUGAUGCUGUAGUUAGGUAGAGUCCAUUUUUUUUUACAUUUACAUUUUAGUCAUUUAGCAGACGCUCUUAUCCAGAGCGACUUACAGUUAGUAAGGAAUCGAACCCACAACCCUGGCGUUGCAAACGCCAUGCUCUAUCAACUGAGCUACAUCCCUGCCGACCAUUCCCUCCCCUACCCUGGACGACGCUGGGCCAAUUGUGCGCCGCCCAUGAGUCUCCAGGUCGCGGCCGGCGGCGACAGAGCCUGGAUUCGAACCAGGAUCUCUAGUGGCACAGUUAGCACUGCGAUGCAGUGCCUUAGACCACUGCGCCACUCAGGAGUACAUGGGCUUCCGGUCGCGGCCGGCGGCGACAGAGCCCAUGAGUCUCCCGGUCGCGGCCGGCGGCGACAGAGCCUGGAUUCGAACCAGGAUCUCUAGUGGCACAGUUAGCACUGCGAUGCAGUGCCUUAGACCACUGCGCCACUCAGGAGUCCAGUAUGUUAUGUUGCUGUAGUUAGGUAGAGUCCAGUAUGUUAUGAUGCUGUAGUUAGGUAGAGUCCAGUAUGUUAUGUUGCUGUAGUUAGGUAGAGUCCAGUAUAGUCUAUUAUAAUAAUAAUAAUAAUAAUAAUAAUAAUAAUAAUAAUAAUAAUAAUAAUUUAUUACAUUUCUAUAGCGCUUUUCAUAGAAUCUCAAAGCGCUUCAAGAGCAAAAAAAUAAGCAAGCAAUAUAUCAUGACAGGUUAACCAAUAGAGGCCAAGUCUUUGAAAGCUGCAUCCGCCGAAGAUGGAGAGAGUCAGUUCAUGGCUUGAGUGGAGAGAGCUGGUCAGAGGAUGUUAGAUGAUGGUGAUGGAGUCUGCUGAUGAUCUUGUAGAGGGCAAAUCUGGGAACCAGCCUGACUCUUAUAGCCACUGGACUUCUCCUCGUCCACUCUGUGUAACACCCACUUGGGUGACGCCUCAGCAGCUCUGGGCGCCAGAAAGCUCACCACACACAGUUCAGAAUAGUAGCCAGUCGUCCUCACUACGAGCCUUCUGCCUCAGCAUCUGCUGUAUUCCUCUGUCUCCCAUUCCUCUCACACCACUCCUCAAAUUAUGUUCUCAGAAGAUCAGGAAUUGGCGGCCAGGUGAACUAAAAAGCUGGUACUGCGUCCGGAUGCAUAUUUCAAACAAAAACAUUAGCCAUUUAGUUAGCUAGCCAAGCCAAAAUGUGUUAACCCGUCAGUCAAUCUGCAAAGCUGUGGCUUAAAAACACCAGUUAUAUGCAAUAAAAACGAAAUGUUAUCAAAAACAAAAGAGCUGAUUUUAAAAAUCAACAAUUAAAAACACCUAAAAAAUAACUAAAUAUGUACACAUUUACAGGAGCUCUGUGCUUAGGCUACUACUAGGUUGCCAUGGCAACUAUAUUACGCAAUAAGGGUGAAAGCGACCAUUCUAUACAAUUGAAUUGAAUAUGCAAAGGUUAAAGGGUAAGAGGAGCUAUGGUUUACAGAGCUGAAGGACAUGCCUCUGACUGUUGUUUUUUAAAUCUCUGAAUGGUGGGAUGGUGGUCAAUGUUCCUGUUAAAGGGAGAGAGGAGAAAACCUUUGUAUACCUUUUCAUUCCAAUAAAGAAAUAAAAGGGAAUUCACUUGGGACGUGUAUGCAUUGCUCUGGGACUUCAGAAGGCGAAUCAUGGUUUUUAUCAAUGCUGUAUAUUUACAGCCUACAACGAAUGUAUAG